CUCUUUUGAAUUAGUCACCUAUUGUAUUUUGUUAUGAACUUAAGCUUUUAACCAUGACUCUAACGAAAAACUAAUUAUCAAUUUGAAAUUUUGGUUAUCAACGUUGCAUAAUUUAUUUAUUUUCACUGGUGUUGAAUUAUUUCUUAUACUAGACGAAUAUUUACAAGCUCAACAAUGGUUGCCACCACUAAAAAAGAGAUCGAUCCAUCGACUGUGAGGUGUCAAAAGUGCUUAAUGAAAGGCCAUUGGACUUAUCAAUGCACGAACGAGAGAAAAUGUUUGCUAAGGCCUUCAAGAACUGUUUUGAUGAAACGUAAGCUCAAAAAAAUCGAAGAGAAGAAGAAAGCAGCACUCUUGAAACCGAUCGAACCUGAAGUCGUCAAUGAACCAGAAAUUGAGCACUCUCCCAUAAUUCGAGAUGACUUGCACACAAAACUAAGAAAUCAAGCUCCGGUAAUUCAAGCUCUUCUGAGGACUGAGGACUCUGAAUCAGACUCUUCGUCAUCGGACUCAACUAUGUCAACUGCAUCUUCUUCAUCAUCUUCAUCAUCUUCUUCAUCCUCCUCUUCGUCCUCUCCUUCUUCAUCUUCUUCAUCAUCGUCAUCAUCCUCUUCAUCUUCACCAUCCUCAUCAUCUUCGGCAUCUGGAUCAAGCUCAUCAUCUGAAACAUCACGCGUAUCUCGACGCCGAUCAACUCACCGAGAUAGACAUAAAAAAUAUAGAGAAACAGUUAGAAGUUCACGAUCAUCUAAGCAUUCGAGAACCUCUAAGCAUUCAAGAUCAUCAAGGAAUUCAAGGAACUCAAGAUCGUCGAGACGUUCAAGAUCAUCCACCAGAAAUUCAAGAUCAUCCAGAAAUAAGAUAAAACAAGAAAGGCGUUGAAAAAUAGUACAAGUUAAAAUUUAUAACAUCAUAAGCCUCAGAGAAUGGCCCGACAAAUAUUUCCUUUGAUGCCUAUUUGACUUCAUUUUGAUUACCAAAUGGAUCAUCCAAAAGACUUGCCAAUUCAUAGUAAAUCUUUUUUUCAUUCGGAUUUUAAUCCAUUCAAUUCUUUACCCGCCCUGAAUAGAUGUGUAAAUUCAGAAAAUUUAUCACUUGAUUGAUCUCAUUCUGCUGCUCAAAAUUCGAAAAAUCUUAUCAUUUGAACCCAAACAAUUAACAACUAAUUUUCAACUUUUUGAUGAAUUGCACCAAUGAACAACGACACUUUCAUAAGCUUUGUAUUUUAUUAAAAUAUUCAGAAUGUUAUUUGAUUCACCAA